AAAUCAAAUAAAUACUGUGCAAAAGUAGGGUUACCCGUCAACUUCCAUUCAACCAUCAAAAAGCAUCUAAGAAGUUUCGGUUAUUUUAAAUUCAAAAUCUAAUUUAUAGUUUAACAAUGGAACCAAUGAACUUGGGAAGCCCUCCAUCGAGUCCAGCAUCGCCAAACCCGAACUUUUUACCCGCGUAUUUGAUGGGCGAAUCGCAGCAAAUCACAUCACCCAGUAAUCCAGCAAUUUCUCCCGGUCGCAAUAAAACACCGCUCAUGAUGAAGACCGGCACGCAACAGCAAUACUCCAACAACAUCCGCCAAAAACUCUUCAAUCAAUCCACUCUUUCCGACUUCAACUCACCAAUUACCAGCCCAUUUGGCAGCCCAGCUGUAGAAAAAGCAGGGCCACCUAAAACAGGUCUCUUUGAUGUAGCUGAGAAGGCAAACACUCCAGUACUCAGCAGUACAAUGCGCCAUCCUGCACCAAAUGAACAAAUCAUGUUUGGCAUGAAUGAUAGCACAAUGUUUGACACAAUUGAUGGUAGCUUCAGACAAAGUGCAGGAGCACCAGCUAAUUUCAAUGAUAGUUUCAACAACUAUCUUAAUUACAGUCAGAUGGAUGCAAGAAGUGUGUCUAUGAACAUGGGAAGGCAAAUGAAUCAAAUCAAUACAUUAUGGGUGACUGUCUUUGGUUUUGUACCAAGCAGUACCAGCUUGAUAAUUGCUCAAAUGUCUAAUUGUGGCACAAUUCAAGAGAAAAAGUAUCCCACACAAGGGAAUUGGAUACACCUAAAGUAUUGCUCUGCACAAGAAGUAGCAAAGGCGCUGUUGCUCAAUGGAAAACUGAUUUCAAACAGUAUCAUGAUUGGUGUUGUGCCAUAUUAUAACAAGUGUGAAAUGGAUAAGGAAAACAAUAUGUCCGGCGCACAGUAUUCGUCACCAAUAAUUGCAAGAUCACAAGCAAGAUCAUUGCGCACAUCGAACGUGCCGCAAUUGAAUUCAAACACGGUUGUGUCACCACAAAACGUCCCUCAAAAGUCCACCGGACUGGUGACGAAGGCAAUGGAGUACGUUUUUGGAUGGUGAAUCUUUAAUAAUCGUGUCGUUUCCGUCGAAUUAAUUGCUCACGUCUUUCAUUUUUAUCUAAUUUAUACAAUUGCAUACUUUCUGUUUACUUUACUUCGAUUUAUCAUGUUUGUCUUACUGAUUUCAUGAAUUGUGUUAGAACAUAACUACGACGUUGUGAUUUUAUUGCAAAUAUACUUUACAUUUGUA